AUGAUGCCUCACUUCGAACCAUUAACCCCUGCUCUGGCAAUCACUGCCAUCGACGAUAAACGAACCAGCGCCGAUACGAACUCAGUCGCCCAGUUUCUCCUCGACAAUGGCCUUGAUCACGAUAACUUGCCCUAUUGGCUAAUAAACGUACCUCAAUCACAAUGGACCGCCGAGUGCCCCAGCUUUCUCCAGAACCAAUCAACAAAGAACAUCCAGUGAACGAACCGGAUUGAUCGAUUCCAACGCGUGCCCAGUGACCUACGCAAGUAUCUGGAAUACACAGCCCAUAUCAAAGCCCAGUAUGGGUCGGUGAUGCGAUUCGUGGUUAAGAAGAGACUAGAAUGGGGCGAUGGAAACACCGAGGAUAUGAAGCCCAAGGGAGGCCCAUUUGAAUUUAGCGUACAUACUAUCUCCAACUUCCAAAUGAAUUAUAUGGCUAACAAAGGAUCGUAUUAUUUUCUUCAUUUGCCCACAGAGGAUAUCCGCAUUCUACAUAACGACUGGCCGUAUGGCAUUGACACUGACAUUAUUCACUUGGUAGUAUGGACCAAGUUCGAGCUUCCAGAUGAUCCCAUCUCGGGCAAUCUUACCGACGAGGCACGAGAGGCAAUCGAUCAAUAUGUACAGCGUACCUUUUGCUCUCGUGUGGCGGCUGAGCAGGUCGUCUGGUUCAAAAACUGGAAGUCCCUCAAAUCAGUCCACGCGGUCGAACACUUCCACGUCAUGCUCCAUCAGCCGGAUCUGGCAUUUGUGAGGGAGAUCACCCGUGGAGACGUGCCGCUAAUCGACCGGUUGUUCUUCCCCCCACAACAUCCUACUCUUUCUGUCAUCCCGAACGCAGUCAUGCCGGUCCCGCACCUCCGCCGUUCUUCCAUGGCCAGUAGAUCAUCCGCCGACGAGGCUGCAGUUAGCGGCGACGAAGAGAUCGUCGAGCCUGAUCAGGGAAAUGUCCUCUCUCACAUCAUUUCUCAGCUCCGACCGGGCGCUGACUUGAGUCGGGUCGUUCUCCCCACAUUCAUUCUCGAGCCCCGGUCCAUGCUUGAGCGGAUCACCAACUUCAUGGCCCACCCCGAUACGCUCCUUCCCAUGUCCACUAUUGAAGAUCCUGUCGAACGAUUUGUGUCGGUGGUCAAGUUCUAUUUGAGUGGAUGGCACAUCAAGCCCCCAGGAGUGAAGAAGCCGCUGAACCCGAUCCUGGGCGAAACUUUUACCUGCUACUGGGAUUAUCCUGAUAAUACCCGCGGAUACUACAUCUCUGAACAAACCUCGCACCACCCGCCCAAGUCCAGCUACUUCUUUAUGGCCCCCGAGCACCACAUUCGGAUCGACGGAACCCUGAAGCCGCGCAGUAAAUUCCUAGGCAACUCCGCAGCUAGUAUGAUGGAAGGUAUCGCAACCUUGCGCAUUUUGAACCACGGAGAGAACAAAGAGAAGGGCGAGAGAUAUAUCCUUACCCAGCCUAAUAUGUAUGCGCGUGGUAUUCUCUUCGGUAAGAUGAAGUAUGAGCUUGGAGAUCACAGCUACGUUCGAUGCCCGGAGACCGGUUUGGUAGCCGAUAUUGAGUUCAAGACUAAGGGUUAUUUCUCGGGCACUUAUAAUGCUAUUGGAGGUACUAUCAAGAACGAGAAGACCGGCGACGUUCUAUAUGAGCUAUCAGGAAUGUGGAACGGUGAAAUGGUCAUCAAGGAUGUUCACAGCCACAAGAAGGAUGUUUUAUUCGAUGCUACCCACGCAAAGCACUCGAAGCCCGUUGCUCGUCCCAUUGAAGAGCAAGGCGAGCGGGAGUCACAGCGUUUGUGGCAAGAAACCGUUCAGGCAAUCAUUACUCGAAACCACGAAGCCGCCACAGACGAGAAGACCAAGAUCGAAGACCGCCAACGUGAGGAGGCUGCCAAGCGCGCCGAUGAAGGUAUUGAUUGGAAACCCCGCCUAUUCCGUGCUGUACAGGGUGGUCCUGGUGGUCCAGAGGAGGGAGAUGAAGACCUUGAUUGGAUCAUUAACGCCGAGGUUGAUUCUCACGACCCGGAACUUGCCAAGAAACAAAUCCUAGCCAUUGCGCCCAUUGUCCAAGUGCUUCGGUCCACCACCGUGCAGCGAGCGGAUCCCCAGGAUAUCACAGCUAAUACCGCCAUCACGCCAACAGAGUCCGAAGCUGAACCCACUAGGCCAGAGAUUGUGGAACGCAAAGAUACCCGAACAUCAGAGGUGGAGCAGUUUGUAGAUGCAGAGGAGAAGCAAUGA